GGACAGACAGAGCUCGCCAGGUUCGUGUUCUGAUUCUUGGCACAGGUCCAGUCGCAGCACAGAGAGAAUUUCGGUGCAAAGACGGGGUGAUCUCCACGGUGUCGUGUGAUGCUUUCAGCCGACUCUAUCGCCAACUGGCGAAGGAGACAGGCUUUCAGCCACCCCAUGGCUUUCCAGAGAAGCUCAGAGAGGUCUUUUGUGGAGUUUGUAUUGUCAUGCAGUACUUUGUAUCAUGGGAAGCCGGAAGGUAUAUAAAAGCAGGUUUCAGAACUUCUGACAAGACUGUUGGAGACCGCGAUGUCCUUAGGUAUUGCGACGUGGAAGAGCUUUGGCAGAUUUUCCCAAAAGACUACUUUCAUGUGGUGUAUGUCAGCAACGCGCUGGACCACACAGUGCAUCCCCUGCGCAGCUUAAAGUGGUUGCUGUGGGUGCUGCACCCAAUUGGAAAGUUGCAGCUCCGCCACUUCAGGAAUGUUCAUCCUGAGCGCUGGACAGCUUUGUCUGAUGGACAGCACCAAUGGGGCUUUGAUGUUGAUUAUGGGUCUGGUGGGGAAGGAAGCUUUCUCAUAUGGAACCACCUUCAUCGAUGGAAUGUUACAGAGGAGCUGGAAAAGGAUGGGGCGCGAACCCUGACUCAUUUCCAGAAGCCUUUUGUGGAGGUAGAGGUGCGAAAGACGAGCAACUUUAAGGGUGGCCUUCACACUUGAGAGGAA